GCAGCACGUGACCCGGAAAGCGCUCUAGCAGCGCCUCCAUGAAGGCGGCGCGGAAAGCUUUGUCGCGCGCUUCGAGAGGCGCCCGAGUCACGUGGCACAUCUGCCCGGAUUGGGCGCCACGAGCGAGCGGGUUUGACUGAGUAAGGUGAAGCAGAGCACAAGGCGGGUCGCCGCUCUGGCACAGCGUUUCGCUGCGACCUUUUAAGGCCCAGCCCUUACUCGGAGGACUAGAGCAGCACGCACUCUUAUGACGAGCAUCCGCCGCGCGCCGCUGCGGGGCAGCCGCACGAGACAGAGACCUACCUGAUCGCCUCCUCCCUUCGGCCGGACGCUCCAGGUACGUCAGCACGUCACGCACCAGACACGCCGCUAAGCCUCGCCCCGCAUCCCAUUGGGCGGAGGGAAAUGGUCACUGGGUGCUAUUCCCUUCGGCGUCCUCUAGGAGGCGCGCCAGGUUACUGGGGGAGGAAAAGCUUCAGCCCCAUUUCCAUGAGGUUGGUUCAUGUCGCUGCUAAAUGAUAAGCUCCACCAGGUUUAGGCCCCUGACCAUGGACUGUGCUGACUAGGACUGAGGGGAGCAGGAACCCAGUAACAUGUGCAGGUCCCUUAACCAUUGGCCUAGCAUUUAGGCUUACUGUAUAUCCAAUCCUCCUUGGCUAGCACGCUUCUCUUCACCCUGAGGGGGAAUAAGCAAUGCAGUGAGCUCCACAAGCAGGAUAAGGGGUGUUCCUGUUCCUCAGGGAUGAUGUGUUCACUUCUUCAGCAGAAGGAUUAUGUUGUUGCCUUCCUUCUUCCUUCAUAUCUGUUCCAGGGUGUUGCAUGAACAUUCCUGCAUCUGCAACAUGAAUGCAAUAGCCGAACAUAAGUUCCGUUGAAAAUGGCCCUUUUUUGCUUUCCGUUCAAGCACUGUCAUUCGUACGUGUGCACACUUCUUAAAAGUUAGCCUCCAAGACUCAGAAUGGUAUUUAUAUUACAAAUACAGAUUUACGAAGCACUCAGUGGUAGGAUGGAAGAUCUCCGGUUCAAUGCCAUCCAGCAGUUGCUGCUGCUCGGAGUAGAUGGAAUUGAGCCCGUAUGGAAUCAGGAUGAGUUCUCUUGUCUGUUACGUAAAGCAAGUAUGAACAAUUUCGUAAGUUGAAAUUUCAACAUCUGCGUCGGGGUGGGGGAACCUUUGGCCCACCAGAUGUUGCUGAACUGCAGGGAAAACUUGGCCAACAACAUAACAACAACAAAACGUGGCCAACAACAUGUAGUUCAGCAACAUCUGGAGGGAAAACAGUUCCCCAUGUUUGGACCACACAACUCAUUAAAGUAGCAGGAACACUGUCAUCGUUUUCAUCUCGCCACUCUGUGUAUCAUCCUGCUGAAAAUUAUUCCCACAGAUAACUGGUUGACCAACCAUAUACUGCAAUAACUUAGUAAAUGGUCAUUUUAUCCAGGGUCACGUGUGGCAUUAUCCCAAAAUAAGUGAAGUUAUGGGCUUGUGAAAUACACAUGGUGACGAGAACAUACCAUUCUAUCUCUACAUUUGGCAUUACCAACAUGAAAAAAAGAAAGAACUCCUUGCCAUGGGAACUAGGGACAUAGUGGCAAAGGGCAGCACUUAAAAAGAGGAAUGCACUCACUGGUAGUUACAGAGAUUUUGUAGCGAACAGCAGCAAUGGAAAAAUGUGGAGAGGAGCCAAAAACUGCUUAUCUUUCAGCCUAGUCCAGGGAGAGGCCCUGCGGUCCCAUCUCUCUCCCUCUCUUGCAGCCUGAUGGAAUGGUUGCUGUACAUGACAGUGGAUGCAGACAGGGAAUAAAGCUGAUUGAUAUGGUAAGAAUACAUUCCAAAGAGGCCCAGAUAGCAGGCCUCUAUAGGCCAUGUGUGUAGCAUUCAUGUGUCACAAAAGAUACCGUAUAUGAGGUGUAUCAGAGUAUGCAAGCUCAUUUUGUAACACGUAUAGUGGCCUUUUGUGGGUGGUUCUCAGGCUUUGUCACCAUCCCCUCCUGUCUAGAUACAUCCCUAUAGAAGAGGGAUGGGAAACCUGUGUCCCUCUAGGUGUUGCCACAGUUACAACUCCUAUCAUCCCUGAGCAUUGGCCAUAUAAGAUGGAGCUAAUGGGGGUUGGAGUCAAACAAUAGCAUAUCUAACACACCCUCAAUCACUCACAGCACAAAACUAUUUGGUGAGCAAAGACCUGACAAAACAGGUCUAGAAGGGUGAAACUUUGCUUUGGAAGUGUGAGCUUUCAGGGCAGUAUGAUUUGCAGUGGCGUGGAGCAGAAAUGAUUUUCAAAUAGGACACUUGCCUAUCUUCUUACCCUUGCAGCUCCUGUCUGUGGCUGGAAUAUGGUUCCUCAGCAGAAGAUACUGAUGUGACUGCUACUUGCAUAUCCCACUUUGUGGUCUGGACUGCAGCACCUUGGGAGAGGAGACAAGACACAAAGCUGAACCUAUGAUAUAUAUCUAGUUCCAAAUAAUUAAGCACCCUUAGGAGUUCUCAUUGAACUUAUUUUAACUUGAGUCUUUUCAGCUCUUAGAAUUGCCUUGAACAGAUUUCACCCUGUUGGCCACUAGUAUGAUGCCAUCUCCUUCAAAGUAUGUGCAAGAACUUCUGUUAAUCUUUGCCUUCAGUUUGGCCUCCUGCAGGGCUACUGAUGCCCUGUACCAUGACUACUGUGUCAUUGGGGCUGGCCCCGCGGGCUUGCAGAUGGCGUAUUUCCUCCAACAUGCAGGCCGAGACUAUGUGGUCUUUGAACGCAGCCAUGCGCCCGGGAGCUUCUUUGCCCUGUAUCCACGCCACCGGAAGCUUAUUAGCGUCAACAAGCGUUACACUGGCAAAUCCAACAGUGAGUUCAACCUUCGCCAUGAUUGGAACUCGCUACUCAGCCACAACCGCCGGCUGCUCUUUCGACACUACUCCAAGGACUUUUUCCCAGACGCUGAUGCCAUGGUGCGUUACCUGGGGGACUUUGCUUCCACGCUGGACCUCCAGGUGCGUUACAACACAUCCAUCACCCGUGUGAUGCUGGAAAAGGACAUUAAGGCAUGGAAUGGCCAUUUCUUCAUCCUAACUGACCAGAAUGCUCAGUUUUAUAAAUGCAGGUGAGUCAUGAAGAAAACCUACUUAGAGGAGGGAAAUGUUCACAUGGCACAGCUCUGAUUGGGCCUGAUUGUGAAAGUGUAAUUUCCUAGAGAACCUACAGCCCUCCAGAUCUUCUUGGACUCCAACUCCCAUCAGCCCCAGAUGACAUGGCCAGUGUCAGCAAUGAUGGGAACUGGAGUCCAAUGACAUAUGGAGGGCCACAGCUUCCCCAGCCCUGCUGUCUAGCCUGUGAUAGCUUUGGAAAUUGGAACAGAUCUUCUGGAUUGGCUAUGCCUUCAGCAAGCCUGAUCGAAAUCCUUACUAUAUGUUUCAGUGUCCUAUUGGUAGCUACGGGAACGUGGGUUCCUAACAAAGUGAACUUCCCCGGUUCAGACUACGUCGAAGGCUAUGAGUCUGUGUCCAUCGAUCCAGAAGACUUCGUUGGCCAAUCUGUACUGAUCUUGGGCCGAGGAAACUCUGCCUUUGAGACAGCGGAGAACAUUUUGGGCGUCACCAAUUUCGUGCACAUGGUGGGCCGCUCUCGUGUUCGCCUUUCCUGGGCCACUCAUUAUGUUGGAGAUUUGAGGUAAGAACCUUUUGCCAGUGAGAAGUGACAACUAAACAUCCAGGGGUGCCCUAAAAGCUGUGGGGAAAGCAUCAUGUAACACCAUUUAAGAGAGGCGUGGGCAAUGCCCAGCAUGCUAGACCCCUUAAAGCUGGCUCCCAGGACUCUCCCAAAGCCAGCCAGCCAGCCUUUCCUAACCUGGUGCUCUCCAGCUGUUCUGGACUACAGUUCCCUUCAGCCCUAGUCAGCACAGUGCUGGUUAAGGUUGAUGGGAGUUGUAGUCUAGAACAGAUGGGCUACUUUCUGAAAUGUGAACUAAAAGUGACUACCCCCCCCAAAAAAAAGCUUAAAAACAAGAGUAAAAUUAAUUAUGCAUUUAUCCUCACUGUUUAUCCUUGCUCUUUUACAAGUCACUGUUCUCUUACAUUUCUUAACUGCCUUUCCAUUGUGUUCUCAAAAGAACACACAAUAAAUGCUGUCAAACAAAUUUUGGACUUCCUCCUCCCCAGCAUUAUUAAAACCAAUAUAGAACAUGACUACAUAGAAGGCGUGCCUUAUACCAGGUUCUCUACGCCGGCUGGCAAUGGUAUUUCCACAGUUGACAUGCAGAGCGCUAAAUCCCAUCUGUCUUGUGACCCUACGAUUCUUGGCUUCUCGGCUCCCAUUAUCUGUACAGUGGUACCUCGAGUUACAUACGCUUCAGGUUACAGAUUCCGCUAACCCAGAAAUAAUACCUCGGGUUAAGAACUUUGCUUCAGAAUGAGAACAGAAAUUGUGCUCCAGCGGCGCGGCAGCAGCGGGAGGCCCCAUUAGCUAAAGUGGUGCUUCAGGUUAAGAACAGUUUCAGGUUAAGAACGGACCUCCGGAACAAUAUUAAGUCCUUAACCCGAGGUACCACUGUACUCCACUUGGAAAUUCUCUGAACGUGGAGCCAUUUUUAAAUUUAUGUAACCAAUAAACGCUCCCUUCCUUAGAGCCAUCAACAACGGCCUCCUGGACACGUAUCAGCUGAAGUCCCUGGAUGGGCUUCUGGAAGGUGACUUGGAAGACUUGGUUCUCGUCAAGGAUAAGAAAGGAAAGCUGCACAUCACCCUCCGCUUCUACCUGGAGAACAGCAACAGCAGUGAAGCAGAGUCCAUCCUCCUCCCUCAGGAUGAGCUGGACAACUUUGCCACUCGAGCACCUUACGACCGCGCCAUUGGCUGCCUCGGCUGGAAAUUCGACUUCUCCAUAUUCAACAAGUGAGAUAGGCCUGGGCCCAAAGUGACAGGGAGGAUGCAUGAGACCAGGGGGCGUGGGGGCUGGGCAGGGGGCAUGGCUGAAAAGUUCUGGUUUGGACUUUGGCAGAGAUCCUUUCAGACACGCCCAUAACCUUAUCUCAGCCUCGACUGUCUCCAUUUGCCCUUUCCCCACCCCACACAGGUCUGUGGGGCUGAUACAAGGCAAAGGCAGUAAGAAGAAGUAUCCUCUGAUCAAGCCCAGCUACGAAGCCAAAGCCACCCGGGGCCUUUUUGUUCUGGGAACCGCAAGCCACUCAGUUGACUUCAGGAAAUCUGCUGGAGGCUUCAUUCACGGGUUCCGAUACACAGGUGAGCUUGGAGACAGGAGUGGGUUGUGGAGAAAGCCAACGUCAACCAGCCAGCCCAGCACUGAAGCUGCUCUGGUAUGGGGUGUUUCUCUUCUUUUUAUUAUUAGUUUUGGUAACUGAAUUGAACAACGCAACACUUGUUAUUGUCUUUAUUAUGAAAAUUAACAUUCCGCCCUUCCUUCCAAAGGAAGCCAGGUCAGCAAACACACAAGCAAUAAAACAACGAAAAUGCCUGAAAAACAAUACCAGUACAGAUGCAGAUUGUUGUUGUUUCCAAAGUGUACUAACAAUAGAAAUGCUACUAUAAAUAAAGGGAAAUAACAUAAGACCAUAGAAUUUUAGAGCUGGGAAAAUUCAUUAUGUAUUGCAACUUUAUGUGGAGUUUGUGGAAAUUUUAUAUAUAUAUAUAAUUUUAGAGUUGGAAGGGACCUUGGAAGUCCUUUAAUUCAACCCCCUACACAGUGCAGGAAUCUUACAACUGCAGCAUCCCUGAGAAGUGACCUCUGCUCACAGAUCUCCAGCAGAUGAGAGUCCACCACCUACCAAAGCAGUCCGUGUUCCACUGUUAACAGUUCUCACCUGCCUCUGGAGCAGUAGAGGACAUUGCAUGAAGAUCAUUACAAGAUGAGAGGCCUUUACCUCUUUAUAUCAGCUGAUAAACUUUUGGCCUUCCAAAUGUUGGCCUAUGGUCAGUGAGGAUGGGAGUUAUGGUCCAACAUCAUCGGGGGGGGGGACAGACUCCCUACCCCUGGUUCCAGUUAAAAUUAUGUUACCAUUUACAAUAGUGAAUGAAGAGUAACCAGCAUUUUAUGUCCUCCUUUCUCCUUAGCUUGUAAGUACAUUUUAAAGUAAUAUCUCUCUCUCUCUCUCUCUUUCCCUACCCACCUCUCGCAGCUCGCGUAGUUCAUCGCUUAUUAGAAGUCCGUCACCACGGAGUCCCCUGGCCAUCCUCCCUCUACCCCAUUAUGCAGCUGACGAAUGCCAUUGUCAAGCGAGUGAAUGAGGCAUCUGGGCUCUAUCAGAUGUUCAGUGUGCUAGCGGAUGUCAUUCUGCUAAAAGAGUGAGUGAGUAGCGCUCCCUUCGUUUCCUUCCUGUGGCCCCUAGAAAUAUAUCCUAGCGGCACAAUUCCAUUCCCUCUUCCAUUCCUUGCUUUGCAGCCUCAAGACAUUCCAGGAAUCCAUGAAGGAGGGAGCCAAACACACAUCCCAUGAAAUAGUGUUCUAAAGCUCUGGCACAGCAGUCAAGAAGGCCCAUCCUUCUUGUGGGGGCCAGUCUGACCUCUGGGUGUGAUGGAUGGGACCUGAAGCAGGGCUGCCUUGGCUGUUGUUAACCCAGAAGCAGCCAAUUUGAUGCCUUCCAGAGGUUCUUGAACUCUAGCUCCCAUCAACCCCAGCCAGCAUAGUCAGUGGAAGAUGGGAGCUGUGAUCCAGCAACAUCUGGAGAACCAGGGGUUCAUUUGGAAUACCAGGGGUAUUCCCUUGCAGUACCAGGGACCCAGACAGCAUAGGACUAAGCCAGCACCUGGAAUUGGGUCCAGUAGGUGUUUCAGAGCAGGUGUAAUAUGACUGUGCCAACUCCUACCCAACACAAAUAGGAUGGUAGCAGCUGCAGUUUUUCAAGCAAUCUUAUACUGUGGCCUUGAGUCAGACUGUCUUGUCUACUCAGUCCUGCCUGCCCUGACUGCCUUACCUUGAGAUUUCAUGUGCUCUGCCAAUGAACUACAACCCUUUCGCAUGGGCAGCCUCACAUGGUCACUAAGGUAUGAAUGAAAUUAUUCAGAUAUCUCUUCCAGCAGAGGGCACACAAUACCAGCCUUCUAGACAAUCCUAGAAUAAGAACACAAGCAGAACAUCCUGGAUCAGACCAGUGGUCAGUCUGGACCAGCAUCCUAUUCCCCCAGUGGCCAACCAGAUUAUUGUGGGAAAAGCAUAAGGAAGAUUCAAGCACAAGAGCGCUCUCACCUCCUGUGGUUUCCAUCAACUGGGAUCCAGAAGCCUUAAGCCUUUGGCCAUUGAGGUGGAGCAUAGUAGUCAUUGGCUAGUAGCCAUUGCUAGGAGUAAAGCAAGGUCUAGGACCACCAGCAAGCUGUGAAGCCAGUAUUCCUGGGUGGGAGACUACAGUCGUAUCUAGUCCUCUGAGCCCACCAGCAUCUGCAUGUUCUGCUAAGUGAGCCCAAGAAUAUUUGUUCUGGUUGUGCCUAGGAAUGCCACAGAAUUUGAGUACCUGGAGGAGUAUCCGGUUGGGGUCCUGCAAGACCUGGAAUGGCGCACAGGGAAAAAAGUUCAGAAUGGGCUUUUUGUCAUUGUGAUGGAGUAUGGAAAGAAUUUUUCUGGGGCUGACAAGGACGUCUUCUAUUACAACCGCGCUGUGGGUGAAGCCCGCCAUGCUUGGCAGUCCAAUUUCCUGCAUCCUGUCAUUUAUCACUACAAACGCCUCCCUACUGGUAAGCAAAGUGGGUUUUCAGUUCUUCCUGCAAGCAUUCCUGCUUUUCAUUGUUGUGCCUCUCUACCCAUUUUAGGGGGGAAUGUUAGAAACCUUGAGUCAGGCUUGGGAAACAUUUGGCCCACCAUGUCUGCCCACCCCACCCCACCCAGCCCCAUCUCCUUCAGUUCUUUCCUGCUGCCUUUUCAAGUGAUGCCUCCAUUGCUUCCUUCCUCUUUUGUUAACUUUCUCCAUUCCUCCUGUCCUGCCUACUUGCCCUCGAUUCUUUAUCCUGAAUGUACAUUUAUGUUUGGCGCUCCCAACGACUCUCCCAACAGAGCGUGAAAUGAGGCUCUGCCCACCAGACUGGCCCUUGCCCCGCCCAGACGCCAUCCAUCACAUUGUGGAGGACUUUCUGACAGACUGGACCGCUCCAAAUGCCCACAUCCUCCCGCUGAGACGGUUCUUGGAGAAUUGCUUGGAAACGGACCUGCGCAGAUUCUAUGCAGGUAACCUGCGGACUGGUUGACUGGAAACUACUGUGUAUUGGGGUGAGGCAAAAAAAAAGAUGGUGGAGGGGAGCCAGUUAACACCUAAGGAAAUAUCAGGGUUUGAAUCUUGUGUCUUCUCUUACCACUGAGCUACAGCUCCUUCCCCUAAGCCAUUUAGCCUCUAGUGUUUUCUGCUUAGGAAGUGAGUUACAUACAAGUAACCACCAAACUCCCCCUGCCCCAACUUGUAAGCUAAAUACAGUGGUAUCUCAGGUUAAGUACUUAAUUCGUUCCAGAGGUCCAUUCUUAACCUGAAACUGUUCUUAACCUGAAGCACCACUUUAGGUAAUGUGGCCUCCUGCUGCCGCCACGCCACCGGAGCACGAUUUCUAUUCUCAUCUGAAGCAAAGUUCUUAACCUGGAGCACUAUUUCUGGGUUAGUGGAGUCUGUAACCUAAAGCAUAUGUAACCUGAAGCGUAUGUAACCUGAGGUACCACUGUAGAGAAAUUUAAUCAGUGUUGGUGGAAAAUAUUCAUAUUACCAAUCUCUUUGAUUUGUAGGUUCAGGCUGGAAUUUUUUAAUUUAAAAGUUCAUAAGGAUGGUAACACUCAUUAGGAUGUUAAUGUGGAACAUUUCCCCCUUUUGUUUAGAAUCCUGCUUCCUGUUCGCCCUCACGCGUCAGAAAUUGCCUCCCUUCUGCCAGCAGGGAUACAUGAGAAUGCAAGGGCUCAUGGGUAAUGAGAGGCUUAGUCGUCAUGGAGUAGAAGCAGGAGUGCUUGAAGACUACACUGCUGUGGACUCCCCAGAUGAGCGGGAAACUGGCAGUACACAGUCACAUGACCCUCUGUUGGAAGAUCACAUGAUACCAAACCACCAGCUGCAGCAUCUCAUAAGCACCAAGGAUGAACUUUAGCCUUCCUUAGACUGCAUCAGAAACCACAAGGAUUGUGGUCACGGUACCAUGACAUAGACCUCUCCUGGGGCUCCAGCUUCCACUGCGUAUACUUGACUUGGAUUCCUGCCCAUUCCUUUAUGGGGGACCAUGACUUGCCAAAGACUUGUGUAGAUCUGUUGUUAUUUAUGAAGAGCAGAGUCCUUUACAGGAUAAGUGAGGGCUGAAACUGGGUAAUGCUGAGGCAUCCUGUUGCUCCUGUUCACUGUUGUAGCCUGCUGAUGGUGUUGCGUUUCUGCUGUAGGGGCCAGUCUCUAGCUUGUCGCAAGAGAGAAAAAGGGAUGGCACAGAUGACCUGCCACAAAAUAUUAUUCCUGACUGCAUGUUUUGUGGUGGUCCACAGCAGAAGUCAUUGGUUAUGGAUGCUAUGUGUUGUUUUGUCCUUGCAUAUCCUUGCAGAUUCUGUAUGUGCAUGACUUUACAAUCAGUUCGGUAGUAUUGGCUAAAGGAAUGCUGCUAAUGUGUAAUGCAGGGAAAUACUAUUGUAUCAAGGAGAGAAGGGGGAUGUCUCAAGAUGUCUCUGCUAAGAAUGAGCAGCUAGACCUGGAUCCCUUUGUUCCAUGUUUGAGAAAAUGCACUGCUGCCACAGUCCUCAGCUUGUUCUGUAGAACUGGCAUUCUUGUGUGCUAGCUUGCCCUUGAAAGGAAGGAGAAUUCCUGCACUCUUAACAAAAUCUCUCUCCUGUUUGCACUACACCCAGUUAGAAAGCACCCUUAAUUCAGUUCAGUUGUGAUGAAUUUUUAUUUUCUAUUGUGAUUGUAUUUGUAAUAUCCUAUUUUUUUAUAAAAAAUGCAAGAGUAGGUAGGAAAACUAUCUGCACUUUAUUGCACCCCUACACACUUCCAGCAGACCAAACUGGAAAGAGUUCGUCUCUUAUCUAUAUUCCCUUGCUCUUUAGCAGAUGGACAGAAUAGCCUUCUUCCUGCCACAAUCAUGGCACUUGUGCUUCCUGGGGAGACACCUUUCCAGCGACUGAUGCUCUUUGCAAGGGAUACACUUUAGCCCUCUUGCUUUAUUUAUAAAUACUUAAACCUCAUUUUUCGCCUACCAUUUGGUCUGGAGAAUUGAAAUGAAAAGGGGUCCAGUGCCUAACCAAAACACUGCUGCAAAUUUAGAACUUGGCAGGAUGAAGUUACAGGGUUAGGGCACAUGGAAGGGAAAGACCCGCGACACAGUGGCUGCACAUAUUUUGCAUGCAGACAAUCUCUGGGCCCAAAGGCAUCACUUUUUUUAUUCUGUCUCUUCAAUGACUCUUUAAAACCAGAGAUCCUGGUUUAAAACAAACUCUGGAUAAAGAAGCUGGCUUCUUGGCCUGUGGUUUGAAGUUGGCUUGUUUUGAAACUGACAAUAAAUUGUUCUAAACCAGGAUAUCUAGUUCAUUCAUAACGGGCCAGGAUUCUGCAAAACUGAAAAUAAACACUGGCAAAAUGCUUCACCAGGCUGGAGUAGAGGAACAAGCUCCCAUUGGCACAUGUAGCGCUAAAAACUAUGUCUAAUACUUUUCUAGGUCUUUUGCACUUAGGGGCCUCUGGCUAAGUUGGUGCAUGUGAUGAUCAUACAAAUCUGUCAUACUGGGAGAUUUGAGUUCCUUAUCUAAAAGAUAGUGCAGACUUAGUAUAUACAGCCUUAUUCUCUCCCUCUCCGCUUAUAUUCCUGUAAUUACUCCAAAGAACCUAUUGACAGCAUAUGUGUUGCCUUUAACUGGUGGUUUUCUUUUUUAAAAAAUGCUUUAGAAAGGGGUCAUUUUUCUGUCACCCUUUUCUCUGUGUGUCUUGGGGUGAAAGACAGAUGCAGUACCAAGAGAGGGGAUCGCCUUUGUUCAGUUCAACCUGAGGCCACACCAGAAACCUGCAGAACUUUCUCGCUUGAGAGUGUGCCACUAUCAAGCUACCGCCAUUCCUCUCAGCGUUUCAUUUAUCAUCCUUAACAAGGUACUCAGAUUGGUAGUCAACUAAGCUUGACUCAGAGUAGACUCAUUGAAAUUAAUUGACUUAAAAUCAUUGUUGAGUUGGAAGGGGCCCCCAAAGUCAUCUAGUCCAACCUACUGCAGUGCAGGAAUCACAGCUAAAGAAUCCCUGACAGAUGGCCAUCCGACCUCUUUUUCAAAACGUCCAAUGGAAGUCCAUCGCCUUCCAAAGUAGUCUAUUCCACUGUCAUGUUUAUUCAUUUCAGUGGGUCUAUUGUAAUGGGUCUAAGGCUUAGUUGAAUACCACCCUCAAUCUUCUUCUUCCAGGUUUUGCUGCUGUUUCCUAAGUGUAAUCAGUACAGCUGUCUCAACCCAGAACACAGAUUCAUCAUGGCCAAGGCUCAAAUUAAUACAAUGUGUCAGGGGUUAGGGCUGGAGAUUGCAAAAGUAUUGCUUCACCAGCCAAAGCCAGAGUUUACCAAAAUCAGUGAUUUUGCAAGACAUUCUUCAGAGAGGAUGGGCUUUGCUACUACUCCAUAGAGACUAUGCCCUUGCUGUUUGCCAGGUUAGAAUACCUGAGUAGCUCAGCAACCCAUUACUCUGCUGUCAGUGCCUAGGUCACAUUCAGAUUAUUUGCACAGAUUAGUGGUCCUGUGGCAGACUGGGAAAGUCGCAGUUUCUUUUUUAUAUGUUCAUUUUUUCAGAACAGUAUUUUUAUUAACUUAUUUUAAGAUAUAUGUCAUGAUCAAAUGGAUCAGCUGUUGUAAUGGUGUAGUAUAUUGCAUAUAAGUUUUGUAUGGUUGUAUUAUUGUGAUGAACUUUAAAAGGAAAAAAGUGUUUUCCAACCCCACCAACAAAAGUAGUGUCUGUCUUUGCUCAGCUAUGGAAUGGGGAGGGUGAUUCAUAAAGCUUGGCACUGGACCUCAGUGUCCGGGCAGAACAAUGGGGAUGGAGACGCUCCUUCGGGUAUACUGGGCUGAGGCCAUUUAGGGUUUUGAAUUGUGCUCGGAAACAUAUUGGGAGCCAAUGUAGGUCUUUCAGCACUGGUGUCAUAUGGUCUUGGCAGCCACUCCCAGUCAUCAGUCUCGCUUCUGCAUUCUGGAUUAGUUGUAGUUUCCGGGUCACCUUCAAAGGUAGCCCCAUGUAGAGUACAUUGCAGUAGUCCAAGCAGGAGAUAACCAGAGCAAGCACCACUCUGGCGAGACAGUCCGCGGGCAGGUAGGGUCUCAGCCUGCAUACCAGAUGGAGCUGGUAGACAGCUGCCCUGGACACAGAACUGACCUGCGCCUGCAUGGGCAGCUGCAAGUCCAAAAUGACUCCCAAGCUGCGCACCUGGCCACACAGGGGCACAGUUAUCCCAUUCAGGACCAGGGAGUCCUCCACACCUGCCCACCCCGUCCCCCAUAUAACUUGUUUUGAACCUUCUUCACACCUCC